CAGCAGCUUAAGUAUCUAAUUCGGCCCCGAAUUCCAAUUACGUUCUACUAACAUAUGCGCCCUAUCGUUUUCAAUCUUGAUUUUAUCAAAAUUUGCACAUUUUGUUUUACUUCUCGCUUGUACCUGGUCGAAAUGGAUGUCCGCGGAGUAACUCUAAUUGUUGGUGCUGGUGUGUAAAAUCUUCUAUUAGGUGGCUUUACCGAACGUAAAUGAGGCUUAAUAGAGAUACAUAGGCCGUGGCAUCGGCCUCGAGACUGCUUUCUUGUUUGCAGAAAGAGGUGCACGAGCCGUAAUCUUCGCCGACCAGGCAUUCGGCGCAGCCUCCGAGGCUUUAGAAAAGAGCAGGUCUAUAGUAACAGCUCCAGAUUAUCAGACAAUGGCUGUAGCCGUUGACGUUCGGGAUCGAGCAUCCGUAAAAGCAAUGGUGGAAAAGGUCAAGAAACGCUUUGGCAGGCUGGAUUAUGCUGUCAAUAGUGCUGGAACUGGGAAGAAAGCCGAAUCUGAUGUUACAAUUGUGGACGAGUCAGAAUAUGACCUCUUGCAUGACGUAAAUGCAAAGGGCAUUUUACAUUGCCUCCAAAAAGAGAUUAUCGCUAUGAAGGAUCAAGAGCCAGCCUAUGUCGAAGGGCGCCAUGGCCGCCGCAGCAUCGGCCCCGGCUCUAUAAUAAACAUUACUUCUCUAUCCUCGUCAGUCUGCACGCCUAAUUCUGUCACCUACACAGCUAGCAAAUUUGCUGCGAAGGGUAUAAUUAAGUGUGCUACUCUCGAGAACCGAACAUCCGGCCUUCGCAUCAACGAGGUGUGUCCCGGCUAUACCAAGACGCCCAUGCUGCAACUAGCCGUGGAGAGACAGCCGGAUGUGGCUGAUCUUAUCAAGAAGGCUAUGCCUUUGGGCCGGCUUUCCCUGAAGAAAUUGCGAGUGUUAUACAUUUCUUGGCAAGCCCCGGGGCGAGCUUUAUUAACGGACAAUCAAUAAUAGCUGACUCUGGAGUGUCAGCUUCUAUCAUAUAAAGUUCCCAAAUAGCACAGAUAGUACGCAAUAGUUGCUCAAAUUAUAAUUUUGUUGUUGAGUUUCGCUAUAGGAUACCACCUCAUAACAAAGUAUCCCAGGGUCCUCUGGCUGUGGAAGGGAAAAGGAUACCUAGGGGUGUCUAGGCCGGAUACGGAAUCUUAGACAUGUGUGAUGGGUGUAUGCGUAUCGGAAUUGUUGGUGCAAGGGCAGGAUUAUAACAAAGAAAACAAACAAUUGCGCAUCUCUGAUUGGCUUUGAUAUGAAGCCGAUCGUCGUACUCACUUGCCUACCUAGUGACUAGUCAUAUUCAUCAACCAACCAACCACUGAUUCUAUCAUUG